AUGGAUGGUGCAGAUGUGGUCCGCGGCCCCAAGACGCCUUUCUGGGGCUGCCAGAGCUGCGGGCUCACCAGCAACUGGGCGUGCAGGCUGCGGUGCCGCUGCGGGGCGAAGGCUCCCGCGUUCGCGCUGCAGCGCGCCAAGUCCUUUGGUGGCGGCGGGAGCCCUCCUCGGCUGGAGCCUGGCCGUGGCCGUCCUCCUGCUGCUGGCUCGCGGCGUGAGGCCAAACUGGAAUCCAAGCUGGCAGAGUUGCAGAAGAAGCUGGACCAGGUCAUCGGAGGUGCUACCAAGGCUGCCCGUGCCCCCGCCACUGGACAGGGGCCUGGCCAACAUGGGGGCACGCAGUCCAACGGCGGUGGUGGCGAUGGACAAGAUCCGCUGCAGGCGCGAGUGCUCGAGCUGGAGGGCGCGAUCAAGGCCUGUGGCAAGAGCGACGACACGAUCGAGGCACGGACGCUGCUUGAGACCAAGCUCAAGGCCGUGCGCUCAGAGAUCGAGAGCAAGAAGCCGAGUAUCACGCAGCACACCAAUGUGGGGCAUCGCUUGGCCCGUGCUACUACUAAGAUGGAGAAGGUCACGACAGAGCUGGAGGAGCACAUCAAGUUGCUCGAUGAGCUCAAUGUCAAGACGGAUGAGACCAGGGCACGCAAGAUCGCCGCGGAGGCUGAGGUCGCUGAACUUCAGAGGCAGCACGUGCAGUCGCUCCCUGGUCAGGCAUCUGACAUGGGCGACAAGAGGCCCGUCGAUUUCCCCCUUCCUCCUGAGGCUUUGGAAGGCAAGGACGCGAUCAAGUCCAUGCUCGAGACGGCCGAGUUCAAGGAGUUUGUUAAGUUGUUUGCUGUGCAUCGAGCUGCCUCUGGCCCUGAUGCAGACGCUGAAUCCAACGUCGACGACGGUGAGCAGGUGCCCACGCCACACGACGAGGAGAUGGAUGACGCGUUCCAGGACGAGGCAGCGGCAGAGGCCUUCUGGGAGAAGCACCGCGGUGACAAGCGUGCUUUCACCCAAGCCCUGCUGGGCGCUCAGCUCAAGAAGCCGAAGACGGUUACGUGCGACGAGAAGUGGCUCAACCUUCAGACCUACAUGGACCUGAAGGCAGUGUGGUACCUACUGGACGUGCUGCAGUACGGACAGGGUAUCAAGUUUAGCGAGGAUGACGAGGAGCGUGUCGCCAGGCACAAGGCAGUGCCCGAGCACGUGA